AUGGUGACUCUAACGCUCCUCCUGUCUCUACUGAUACUGGGGCAUACCCAGGCCGAGAAUUGGCCAAGAGAUUUAAUCGAAAUUAAGUUGACGCCGGGAUUUGAACUCAAGACGGCUAUUCUCGAUGAAACGCCGUUGUAUCAAUGUGAUAAGGACGAUGAAUCACGUCAUGAUCCGUGCUAUACGACAGGCCCUGAAGUCCUCAUUUUCAAGGGUCGAUUGGAUUUACAGCCGCACGUCAUUGUGUUUGAUGAUGGAAAAGGCAAGAAAUUUAAAAGCACUUUCUGUCGCUGCUCUGCAACCUGGAUUUCGCACUCACUUGCGGUCCUCCUCGCCAGUCUGGCCAUGGUUCACCUCCUCCACUAG